AUGAAUGAAACUACAGACAAACUUAACUCUUCUCUUAUUCUUCCUUUCAGUAAGGACUAUGCGUUCUGUUCAAAUGGUGUUUAUUUCUAUUGUGGAAAGAUGGGGUCAGGAAAGACAUUUAACCUCAUUCGUUGUAUACUCAUAACAGAGCGUUUAGGAAAUGACUCAUAUUAUGACCAAAUCAUUAUAUCAGCAACUUCAGACUCUAUGGACUCAACAGCGAAAACAUUCAUGUCAAAAGUUCAAGCCUCAGUCGUUAAAGUUCCAGAUAGCAAACUCAUUGAAUUUCUUCAACGUUACAUUCGACGUAAGAGAAAAUAUUAUGCCAUCGUAGAGUUCAUACAGUCAGGAAUGCAAAAGACCUCGGAAGAAAUGGAAAGAAUUAUUGACAAACACCACUUACGUUAG